UUAUCAAUGGGUGACUCAAAGGCUAAAGCAGAGGUUGUAGAGGUGAAGGCGAUGGAAGCAACAGCAGAGAGCUUUAAAGAGUAUGGUCAAGUCAUAGAGGCUUCACCUGAUGGUGAUGAGUUCGGACCCCAAGAUGCUCAGCUUGACCUCAGCCGUGGCAUUCCCAGGUUUUACAUCAUGCACAUUGAAAACCGACCACUCAAGUUCUCCACAAUCACACAUCAUGCAAGUGUGACCCAAUGCCUUGGUUCAGUUGGUGGUAAUGUUUGGUAUCUUGGGGUUGCUAAGCCAUCCAUUGUGGACGAUUAUGAAGUUAACGAUGACACUGGCGGCAACAAUGAAAUUGUGCAGUCUCAUUGUGGUCAUUUCUACGUGCCUCCGGCUGUUGAGAGUGUCUGUGUUUUCAGAGUUGAGGGAUCGAAAUUUCUGAAGCUGAAUCGAGGGACAUGGCAUGCAGGACCAUUGUUUAAGGCUGAUACAAUGGACUUCUACAACUUGGAAUUGAGCAACACCAAUGUGGUUGAUCAUACCACACACAACUUCAAAAGGGAAAAUGGAGUGGCCUUCUUGAUUAAUGACUAGCUUGUUUUCAGCAUCAACGGCUGUGGCUAUUCCAGACACUCAAUUGUAUCAGUAUAAUAUAAAUUCUCAUAGGGUUACAUGCCCAGGCAUACUUUCUGGAUAUCAAAACGACACAACAAAAUGCUCAUCUUGCAUUAACUUUGAUGUUAAUUUACUGAGUUUAUUUUCUA